GGACAGGGAGCCGUUGUGGGAAUAUCUUUGAGAGACACACGCCACUCUCCCGGCUGACAUGGCAUGGGGGGUGGUGGGUGACUUCAACUGUCUGCUUGAUCCCUCAGAGAAGAAAGGUGGCCGACCAUAUGCUCCAGUCAAAUUUUGGCCUUUUGUUGAAUGCGUGGAGGAUUGUGAACUGGUAGAUUCUCCAUUCACUGGGGAGGAUUAUACCUGGUUCAACAAUCGAGUGGGCGGCGUGGAGAUUCGGAGCCGGAUUGACCGAUUGCUGUUUAACCAGCCGUGGAUGGAUAUGUUCUCUUGUUUGGUGCAUCACUUGGACAGGGUGGGAUCUGAUCAUGCCCCACUAUUGGUGGAGUGUAAGUCUCAUGAGCGUCCUCCUGCUCGGCCUUUCACGUUCCUUAAUGUCUGGACAGAGCACGAGGAUUUUCAGAGAGUGGUGGCGGACUCUUGGCGGGAGGACAUUGCUGAGGGUCCCAUGUUUGUAUUUGGCGCUAAGCUCAAGCGUCUGGCACAUAGCUUGAAGAGGUGGAACCGUAAUACUUUCGGUCACAUCUUUGACAAGCUUAAGGCGCUUGAGCAGGAUGUUCGGGACAUAGAGCUACAGUUGCAGACAGAUCCUUCGGAUGAGACCUACAUUGAGUUCAAGCGGCGCUCGGCACUUUUGAAGCGCCAGUAUCGUAUCGAAGAUGAGUUUUGGCAGCAGAAAGCCCAUGCGAAAUGGGUGACGGACGGGGAGAGGAACUCUGGGUACUUUCACUCUGUAGUGAAGGACCGCCGGCGGAAGCUUUACAUUCACCGCAUACAGGAUGAUCGUGGUGUCACAUCCUCGGCCUUAGAUAUGAUUCCACGGCUGGUCACUCAUGAUGAUAAUGACCGGUUAUGCGCUGUUCCGGAGAUGGAGGAGGUUAAGAUUGCGGUCUUUGCUAUGGAUUCUCGGAGUGCGGCGGGACCCGAUGGCUUUACUGGGGCUUUCUAUAAGGCUGCUUGGACGAUCAUUUGUAUGGAUCUUCUGGCGAUGCCCCGUGAUGCACCGCAUAUCCAUCAUCUUCCAUACGCCGACGACAUUGUCAUCUUCACUUCGGCGAGGGGGGACACUUUGGGGAGAGUUCGAGCAGUUUUACAUUCUUAUGAGCAAAUUUCAGGUCAGGCUGUCAGCUUCCCUAAGAGUGCUUUCUAUAUGCAUCCUAAGGCGUUGGUACCCAUGUUGGAGCGUGUUCGAGAUACUCUUGGAAGAUGCGGGACAAGUGUUGUGCGUGGAUGGGGCGUUAUCUUUCUCCGGGGGAAGGCUAUUAUGAUUAAGAGUGUUCUUCAGGCGAUCCCGACACACUUGCUCGCUGCACACUUUCCUCCCAAGACAGUGAUUCGAGAGAUGGGGUCUAUCAUGGCACGAUUUUUUUGGUCUGGCUUGGGAGGGACACGACGUUAUCAUUGGGGAUCUUGGAAGACUCUGGCUUGGCUGACGAGAGAGGGUGGGGUCGGCUUCCUUGAUUUUAAGACUUUGGCUAAGUCUUGUUCGGCCAAGCUCUGGUGGAAUCUUAGAACACAGGACACUAUCUGGACGACAUUCAUGAGGGCUAAGUACUGUAGCCGCGUCCAUCCUGUGUCCAAGCAGCGCAUUGAUGAUGAUUCUCACACAUGGAAGCGCAUGCUGGAUGUUCGGGCUGUGGUUGAGCCUAUGAUUCGAUGGCGUGUACUUUCUGGCACGUCUAAUUUUUGGUGGGAUACAUGGUCUGGUCUUGGUGCCUUGCAUCGUCAGGUGGACGGCUGUAGUGGAUAUUGGACUGAUGGAGUGGGCGAUAUGUAUCGCUCUGAUUUUAUGAUUGACCAUGAUGCGCUGCCCCCUGAUCUCAUACGGCAGUUUUGUCUUGAGCCGCCAUCUCUUGUUUCUGAUCAUGCGGAUACUCCGGUCUGGACCCCGUCUAUGGACGGGAAGUUCACUCUUGCUUCUGCUAAGGAGCUUCUUAGACCGAGGAGGGACGAUGAGGUGGAGGACACUGUGCUUAAGAGGUGCUGGCAAAAGCACCUACCCUAUAAGAUGUCCUUUCUAGCGUGGCGCGUGCUGACGCAGCGCCUUCCCACUGAUGAUGUCCUGGCGAGAUUUGGCUUUGCUUUGCCCUCUCAGUUCUUUUGUUGUUCGCCGCCAGGGCGAGAGUCCAUAGCACAUAUUUUCUAUCAUGGGAGCAUGGCGCGGCGUGUUUGGACCUAUUUCAUAGAGUCUGCCCGCAUUCAGGGCACACAUCAUAGUUUGAGGUCCACCUUGAGUAUAUGGUGGGCGCAGGAGCCGAAGACCAGGAUGCUCUCGUUCCUAUUCCACCGCCUACCGACGAUCAUUCUUUGGGAGCUUUGGACGCACUAUGCAGUGUGCAAGUAUGGGGAUGCUCGUCCCAACUUCGCACGCAUUAUCUUUCGGGUGGCUACGGCAGUGUCGGAGUGCAUCUAUCGUCGCUGGCCUAGCGGAGGUCUCUUGCCUCCCAGAUGGUCGGUGAGCAUGGAGCACGUUCGACGGGGUUCUGGGCGUAGGAGGGUGGUGCCUAUCCGGUGGGUCCCACCCCCGAUUGGCACCAUUAAGGUGAACGUGGCGAGGGCUCCCCUCCGUGGUGCUUAUGCGGCGAUCGUCCGGGAUUCGGCAGGUAAGUUUCUUUAUGCUCUCUCUUCCAUUGCAUUUAGGUGGGAUCCAGUGGAACGUGGAGGGAUGGAUAUGAUUUUUCGGUGUAUUCAGUGGUGCAUAUCUCAGUCCCUCUUGCGUAUCCACGUGGAGUCACAUCACUCUGAGUUAGCCUGUUUCUUUAGAGAGGGUACCCCGUGGUACCUUCAUGAUGUUCAUGCUAGGCUGCGUUUCCUCUGUUCUAUCGCGACGGUUCAAUGGUUUGAAUGUGAUCUUCGGGCGAAUGGCCCGGCAUGUGAGUUGGCGUUGUGGGCCGUGGAUAGCACAGAGGGGACGCGGGAGUUUACUAAUCUGCAGGAUCUUGAUAUUCGGGCUGGAGCAUUGCGCCUGGCGGAUUGGGCUAUUGGACCUGGCGGCUUUUGCUGGGUUUGGGCUGCAUUAUUUGGGCGUUGGGCUGGCUGGAUGGGCGCUGGUCACGGGUUGGGCUAGUGUCAUUGAUUUGGGCUGGCUUCAUUCUUGCAUGCAUGCCUUUCGAGAUUGGGCUUCAUCAUGGUUUGGGGCUCCUCAGUUAUGGGCUCUUCUUGGUUCACUUGGAUUAUUUUUGCACAUAUUAUUUUAUUUAUUCUUUAGUUGGGCUUUUUGGUUUUUAGACUAGACUUAUGUCGAUUGCAUUUCUUGGCUCAUGACUUUUUUCUUGAUCUGGAUUAUCUGACCUUAGGCCUUACCCUUGCGGGGGUUGGGGCUCCGGGAAUGAAUUUAUUCCUAGAUC